CAAAUAUUUAGCGCUUAGAACUUGAACCUAAUUCUUUGACGAAAAACUUUUAUUGUGGACACAAGAUCUUUAACUAACACAGGAUAUAGCUAAGCCUGCUUUAAGUAUUCAAAACAUGAAAACGACAGCAGCGCGCUCAUGUCCUCUUUCAUUGUGUUCAAAAUACAACAAAAAUGUAGACAUUACUUUAAUCUUGAACUAGAAGUCAAUAAAGUAACGCUAUUGCAUUUAUAGUAUUAGUGUAAAAUGAAACGUUAUGUGUUAUCUAGCACAACUUUUUAGCGUGUUUUUUUUACUUUCUUUAUUAAUUUUACACAGCAAUGCUGCCGAUUACACAUAUGAAAUUGACUGUAAUAAUUUACGAAUGGGACAAUACAUCUGCCCUCAUCCCGAUUAUGAUUUCAUAGAUCAAAAAACUCAACAACCUAAAGGGUGUACGAAAGAAAAUAAAGCCAGGGUAUUGUGUCUAGCUGCAGAUGGCCUUAUUUGUACAGAAACGAGAAAUAAUACUUUUAAAAAGGAUAUACCUUGUAAAUGGACUAAUGGAUAUUCCUUUGAGACAACUUUACUGUUGUCUAUAUUUUUGGGUAUGUUUGGUGCAGAUCGUUUUUAUCUUGGAUAUCCAGCACUUGGAUUGUUGAAAUUAAGUACUUUAGGUUUUCUCUUCCUGGGUCAAUUCGCAGAUGUAAUACUAAUAGCAACACAGAUUGUCGGACCAGCGGAUGGUUCACAUUAUGUUAUGCCAUAUUAUGGUGCCGGAAUUAAUAUUGUCACAAGUAAUAACUUCACAUACAGAGUGCCACAAUAUGAUAGCUAAAAGAACAAUUGCAGCACAGAAAUAAUAAUUAUUUUAAGAAAUUGUGUAGCUUUUGCUUCUGUCACGAGCAACGAUGUACAAUCCUACAUAUGAGUCCUAUUCUAAUAUAUUUUGAUGUAUUAUUCUCUAUAUAAUGUUAUAAUAAGUCUUAUAAAAAAAAGAAGCUACCUUGUAGAUAUGUUUUUCAAUGAAAAAUUGUAUAUAAAUAUUUGUUUUUAAUUUGCUUCCUGCUACCAACAUAUUAAGUCAAUAAAUUUUUGUUUUUAUUUAUAAA